AGAGAGAGAGUACAAGCGGAAGACUGCGGCGCGUGCGUUUCGUGUAGUAGCUCGUUCCGUCAGUUCCGUACAGUUCCAGAGAUAUGACCGAUGGGUACCAGUUUAUAAGGUUUAUUUACAACGAGGAUCAGGAGCAGACGACAGACGGUAACUGUAGGAACACUCGUUAUCGUUAUGGUAGAUACUGCGCAGCUCUGUGGUGCGCGAACACUAGCCUCAAUUCUGAUGUGUCCUUCUUUAGUUUCCCUACGGAUGCUAGGCUCGAGAAGUGGAUACACUACUCGAAUAGGCCACGUUUCCGUGAAGACUCGAUGGUGACGAUACGUGGGAGGCGCCUGUGCGCGGAUCAUUUCGGAGUGAGCGCUUUCACCAACCGGCUGACACGAAAUCGGCUGAGGAUAAUCGCAUGUCCGACUGUCAAAGUGACCAACCCAAGGCUGAAGAAGCUCGUCCCACCAGAGUUCUUUGACGAUGGCCAAGACUCGUCAACAGUGCCCGCUCCCACCUCAAGUACUCUGGGAGAAUCAACACAGUCAUUGCCACCUGAACCACCGACUACUGACUGUGCCAAGGAAGUAGACAUCGAUUCGGUCGAAGUAAUAACGGGCAUAGACGCGGACAAAAGUAUUGAUGCAUGUUUGGCAAGUCCUCCAGCAUCACCAGCUUUCGAAUACGAACAAUCACCUGACAAUAGACUGUCAGAUCCUUCAGAGGAGGAUGCUUGCCCUGACGACUCUCAUCUCCAAAGUGACGGCGUCGAAUCGCACGCUUCCGAAGGCAAUGACCUCGAUUACAGCAGCCCGGAAUCCGACAGCGACGACGAGGAGGCGACGAUGAUGAACAUUGACACGUUGCCGGUAGAGGAGCUCCGCACGUCGCUUCGCAAUGUUUACCGGAAGUACCGUCGAUUAAAGGCCGUUCAUUCGGAGACGACACAACUGCUCGAAGAAUCCUCCGGCAAGGUGGAACGGCUUGAAGCCGCUCUCUCCGAGCUAAGGUUGGAGCAUCGUGACGCGAGCUAAGCUUGGAUGUAGACGAAGGAAGGGAAAGUUUCCGGAACCGUUGACUUCGACUUCAUUAUGCAUGUCGCAUCAUCCGUGUCGGAAGUGUGAAAACUUUGUGAGGUGGGAACGCAUACAAGUGAAGUGUUGUGUCAAGCUUGAAGGCGAGCUGGAAUAAAAGUUUUGCCUGUUUUA